CUAUUUAGUUUUUUUAAUAAUUAUCUUGUGCUUUAUUUCAUGCAUGGUUUGAAAUAAUUUAUCUUAAAUACAGUCGAAUACCCUAUUGCGGGUAGGUAUCUUACCAGUCAACCAUAGGGCAAAUCUGAAAUGUGUCAAGGUGGGUGCAGUGGCAAAAAAAACAUGUUACUUCCUUUUCUACAUAAUUAGGCGUAUGACGCUGUCUUUUUAAUUUCAUUGUAUGAAAUCUCAAAUCAACAAUAAUCGUUCUUUCACCGGUCUCCCUCAAUGAAGUCGGUUUUUUUGUUAAAAAUUAUUCAGUUUAGGCAUCUAGUUAAUAGAAAAUAUAUGAAGUAUAUAAGCAACGACGUGGUAUGCAAUGAAGUAAGUGACAACAAUUAUUUGAUAGUAGAUAAUUAUUAGCAUUACUAAGGGCCGAGUGCCACGUGCAAAGUACGAGAACUUAUCGAGGUGCAUACAUGUUUAUAUCAGCCAGACCUUCCCAGUAAAGAUGUAUUGUAAGAUCGGAGCGCGACGAGACAGUACAUUAUAAUAAGUAGUGAUGGUGUUGUUGUAUUUAGUGGGACUGGCUAUUGCCUUAUAUUAUGUUAAUAAGUGGAUACGAAGCGAUGAUCAGUUUGAGAGAAUUCCAGGCCCGCCGGGAAUUUAUAUUGUUGAAAAUGCUUUAGACUUUUUGAUGGACCCUGUUACACUGUUUUAUUACUUUAGGAAGCUAGGAAGCCAGUAUAAGCAAUUUUUUAAAAUAAAACUUGCAUCCAGGAAAUUUAUUGUAAUAUGCAAUCCUGAGGAUACCGAGGCGAUUAUAUCUGGCACGAAAUACAACAAAAAAGGUUUUCUGUAUGGAUUUAUAGAGCCAUGGCUGAAGGAGGGGCUGCUGUUAAGCGAUGGAGAGAAAUGGCAACAGCGCCGGAAAAUUCUGACGCCGACUUUUCAUUUCAAUAUUUUACGCCAUUUUAAUACGAUACUAGAAGAAAACUCACGAAAAUUAGUAAAACAACUGGCCACUGAAGUAAACAAUGAUAAAACAAACGUUUCCACCUUCAUUACUGAGUUCACGCUGCACUCAAUAUGUGAGACUGCAAUGGGAACCAAGUUGGACAGUGAGACGAGCAGCGUCGGGCGCAGCUACAAGGACGCUAUUAUAAAACUAGGUGUGUAUGCCGUCCAUAGAGCACAGAGAGUGUGGCUAUAUCCCGACCUUAUAUUUCCUUGGACUCGGCUUGGACGCAAGCAGCAGAAGAUCCUGGACUUGAUGCGCUCCUUCAGAGACAGCGUUAUCGAUAAAAGGAGAGAAUCUAAUAACUUCAAAAACAUGCUUCUCGAAGUAGCGAAUGACACCGAUGAAAAAGAAAUAUCCAUGGCGGGUAAAAAAAAACUAGCAAUGCUCGAUCUCUUACUACAGGCUGAAAGAGAAGGUAUCAUUGAUGCAAAUGGAAUUGGGGAGGAAGUAGACACGUUCAUGUUUGAGGGUCAUGAUACUACAGCAACAGCUCUUCAGUUUACUUUGAUGUUAUUGGCCUGUUAUCCGGAUGCACAGGAUAAAGCCGUCGAAGAAUGCAAUCAAAUAUUUAAAACUCCAGACCAACAAGCAACGAUGUCUGAUUUGUCUCAAAUGAAAUAUCUGGAAUGCUGCAUCAAGGAGUCACUGCGACUUUAUCCUCCGGUGCAUUUCAUCAUGAGGAAGCUCGAUCAGCCUUUAAAAUUGAAUACUGGCGGACACGAAGUGCCGGCGGGCUCGGACUGCGCUAUCCUGCUAUGGGAGCUGCAGCGACGCAGCGACCAGUUCGUGGAGGCGCUCGAGUUCCAACCCGAGCGGUUCCUACAGCCGCCCACGUGGCAUCCUUACGCCUUCAUCCCUUUCAGCGCUGGGCCCAGAAAUUGCAUAGGUCAAAAGUUCGCAAUGAAUGAAAUGAAGUACGCUUUAUCUGCAAUACUGAGAAACUACAGGCUCCUUCCAGUGUCUACUCCUCAGAAUAUCGUGUUCAUCACAGACUUCAUAUUACGCCCUGUUGAUCCUAUUUAUGUUAAAUUUGAAAAUAGGCAUUCUAAAAUGUUAAUUUACUUACUAUCAAGUGCGAUUUUAUUGUGCGUCAUUCAUGUGUUUUUUAAUUACAAUAAUGUAGCAAGGACACUAAGAAAAAUACCAGGCCCAAAGGAUGCAUUUAUAAUCGGGAACGCGCUCGAAAUUAUUGUUCCACCAGAUAAAUUAAUGGACUUAGGGCGAGACUUCGCAAAGAGAUUUCAUGGAAUUUACAGAUUUUGGUGUUACCCGUUAGGGGCAGUGACUAUCUAUAAUCCAGAAGAUAUAGAGAUAAUUAUGUCAACCAUGAAACAUAGUGAAAAGGGCAUUGUAUAUCAUUUAUUGAAGCCAUGGCUUCAGGACGGGCUGCUUUUAAGUAACGGUGAAAAAUGGCAAACCCGUCGUAAAAUCCUGACGCCCACCUUUCACUUCAACAUACUGCGGCAGUUCAGUGUAAUUCUGCAGGAGAACGCGCAGAGGCUCCUGACUGUUCUUGAGGCGGCUUCGGAGCGGCCCAUCGACGUCGUGCCCGUCAUAUCCGAGUUCACACUCAGCUCCAUUUGUGAAACCGCCAUGGGAACGCAAUUAAAUGAACAGGAAACGAAUGCCGCCAGGUCUUACAAAGACACGAUAUACAGAAUCGGUCACAUUUUCAGCAGCCGUUUUGCGAGAAUAUAUUUGUUUUCGGACUUUAUUUUUAAUUUGACGUCGUUAGGCAGAGAACAAAAAAAGCUUUUGAGGAUAGUAAGAAAUUUUACUGAAAAAGUCAUAGACCAAAGAAAGGGGAUGCUUAAUAAUAAUAUCAAUUCAGAUACUAUAAAAGAUGCCGAAGAAUAUGACGAUAUUUUUAUGAAGAAGAAGAAAAAAGUAGCUAUGCUAGAUUUAUUAAUAUCUGCUGAAAAAGAUAGACUGAUUGACAGUGCAGGCAUACAAGAAGAAGUCGAUACAUUCAUGUUUGAGGGCCACGACACUACUGCCUCGGGAUUGACAUUUUGCAUGAUGGCGUUAGCUAACAAUAGGGACAUACAGAACAAAGCUCUUGCAGAAAUUACAGACUUGCUUGGCGACUCCGACCGCGCUAUUACAAUGGAAGAUAUUAACAACUUGCCGUACCUAGACCGCUGCAUCAAGGAAUCGCUACGGAUCUAUCCUCCCGUGCAUUUUAUUAGCCGUAAAUUGACUGAAGAUGUUAAAUUGAGCAACAAAUACGACAUCCCUGCUGGAGUGGGCUGCCACAUCUCCAUCUACGACCUGCACCACCGCGAGGACCUCUACCCAGACCCGUCCCGGUUCGACCCCGACCGCUUCUUGCCCGAACAUUGUGCCCGGAGACAUCCCUACGCGUACAUACCCUUUAGCGCGGGACCUAGGAACUGUAUAGGUCAAAAAUUUGCCCUGCUGGAGAUGAAGUUAGUGCUAGCGGAAGUGUUGCGGAAGUUCGAGUUGCAGCCGGUCACCCGAGCGGAGGACCUGAGCUUCAUCGGGGACCUCGUCCUGAGGAACAAGGGUCCCGUCUACGUCAACUUCACGAAAAGGAAGUCUGUCGCGACACAGUGAUAGCCUGAUAGGCAAAUAAAUAGAUAUUACAAGAGAUGGCGGGACGAUCUCGAGGCAUUUUUAGCGACUGGCGGGAUGCAUUAAACGAGUGGCGGAAUAAAAGAAAGACGUUUACUCUUAUCGAACAGUGCGACACGGAAUAGGCUUAAGAAUAAUAAAUUUAAUAACAAUAUUACAUUUAGAACUUCAGAAUUUUUGAUGAAAUAAUACGGGGUUUUUAGAUAAUAAAGAAAUUAAUUAAGUAACAUA